UCAGCUGACUGUGACGUGGUCAUGUGGAGAUAUACCAAGAGACGGUCGAGGUGUCGAGGUAGGGGGACUGCGGCGUUAUGGUGCGGGCCAGGCCACAGAGGAAUACGGGCAACGAAUUCACUAUAGGAGCCUUUAGACAUUCUGAAAUACUGUAUAAUUCUUCCGUGGACAGUUGGACCCACCUCUGUUCGCCUGUCUCGAAGCUCUCCAUAAUCAUUAAUUUCCCAUUUUCAAUUAAGAAGAGAGAUUGAGACACCGACAGCAGUUGCUGGUACUCCUAAAAAGUUGCAGUGGGGUGAGUGAAGAAGACAUGACGGAUUAUUAUGAUGUUCUGGGAGUGUCACGAAGCGCCUCUCCGGAGGACGUUAAGAAGGCGUACAGGAAACAGGCUCUGCGAUGGCAUCCGGACAAGAACCCAGACAACAAGGAGGAGGCAGAGAGGAAGUUUAAGGAGCUGGCUGAGGCCUAUGAAGUUCUGUCAGACCGGAGAAAACGAGAGGCGUAUGAUACUUAUGGCAAAGAGCGAAUUCCCAACAACACAGGCUCCAGUAGCCAUCCCACUCCAGAAGACUUCCCAGGGUUCACCUUUACAUUCCGGAGUCCAGAGGAAGUGUUUCAGGAAUUCUUUGGAGGCCAGGAUCCUUUUGCAAAUUUCUUCGAUGACUUUGCCUUCGGAGGAGGGAUGCACGGUGGCUUCCAUGGACAUCCUGGCACUUCGAGGCUCGGCCCAAGCCGGUUUUUCUCCUUCCCCUCUGCUGGAGUGCACGACUUCACCUCUUCCUCUUCCUCCAUGGCUGGAAUGGAUUGGAUGGACAGCAUCGGAGGAGGGAUGGGGAAUUUCAAGUCUGUCUCCACCUCUACGCGUGUCAUCAACGGCAAACACACCGCCACCAAGAAGAUCAAAGAAAACGGUCAGGAGAGAACAGAGAUCGAGGAAGACGGGGUCUUGAAGACGGUGCUCAUCAAUGGUGUGGAGGAUGAGUUGGCCUUGGCUCUGGAGCUCAGCAAGAGAGACCACCUGCCCCCUAGCCAACCCUCACAGACUCCCAGGCAACACCUUCAGCAGCAGGCAGAGAGGACGUUACCUGUGGAGCUCCAGACCCAUCCACACCGACCCGGCUCCGGCCCCCGGUCUAUGGCCCAGCGAUCCUUCAGCUCAGCCCCCUACUUCCACUACCCUGACGUCCCCAGGGAGGAAGAGGAUGAUGAUGAAGAUCUCCAGAUGGCCCUGGCCUACAGCCUGUCUGAGAUGGAGGCCCAGCAGAGAGCGUCGGCUUCAGCACCAGACGUCAUCUCAGGUGCUGGGGGUGUGGUGAUGGUAGAGGUUGGGGGUGAGGCGGGGGUUGGGGUGGGGAGAGUGGUCCUAGACCUUGGCCCAGGCCAGUCAACAGCACCAAAGAAGAGGUCAGGGUCAGGGGACAUGUCACCACACAGCAGCCCCUCUCCACUGGACCACAGAGGGCUCCUCAACCACCUCCAGGAGCAGGGAGCCACUGAGGAGCCGGCUGCUAAAACCACCAGCAGCACCACUGUGAAAAAUAAAAAGUGUGGUUGUAUGGUGUGUUGAGUGUGAGUGUGAGUGAGUGAGUGUGUGGUGUGUGUCAGUGUGUGUGAGUGUAUGGUGUGUGUGAGUGUGGUGAGUGUGUGGUGAGUGUGUGAGUGUGUGUGGUGUGUGUCAGUGUGUGUGAGUGUAUGGUGUGUGUGUGUGUGGUGAGUGUGUGGUGAGUGUGUGUGAGUGUGUGUGGUGUGUGUCAGUGUGUGUGAGUGUAUGGUGUGUGUGUUUUCAGAGAUCAAACUCUACUCCAGUGUUUAUGUGUUUUUGCCCUUUCUAUAGUGUGUGCCAUGCCUUGGCCCAUUAGAUGUAUAUAGAGCUGUCUGAGGGCCUUGUACAGUGUUAUGGUGUUGUGACUGCCUUGGCCCAUUAGAUGUAUAUAGAGCUGUCUGAGGGCCUUGUACAGUGUUAUUGUGUUGUGACUGCCUUGGCCCAUUAGAUGUAUAUAGAGCUGUCUGAGGGCCUUGUACAGUGUUGUUGCGUUGUGACUGCCUUGCUGUGUUCUCUCAGAUGGCCACUUUUCACAAUGUAGCCAACCAGCCAAUAAAUCUAUAAUGAUCCCAGUUUACAGUAUGUCUGUAUAUCAAGUCUGGGGGUUAACAUCAUGUGUUCAUGUGCCAAGUCCACAGUCCCUUUUCUAAAGGAGCGUAGAAAUAGAAUGUCUAUGAGUUUACCUGUCACAAUGCCGUGGUCAGACGGGCUUUUCCCCCUUUCUACUCAUUCUAUUUCUAGGAGUUGGAUAGAAUUCACUAGGAACAAAAACGUGCCUUGCGCUUUUAUUGUCACGUGCACACGUUUAAAAAAAAAACUUUACAUUUUACCCCCUAUUUAUGGUAUCCAAUUGUUAGUAGUUACGAUCUUUUCUCAUUGCUACAACUCCCGUACGGGCUCGGGAGAGACGAAGGUCGAGAGACAUGCGUCCUCCGAUGCACAACCCAACCAAGCCGCACUGCUUCUUAACACAGCGCGCAUCCAACCCGGAAGCCGCACCAAUGUGUCGGAGGAAACACCGUGCACCUGGCGACCUGGUUAGCGUGCACUGCACCCAGCCCGCCACAGGAGUCGCUAGUGCGCGAUGAGACAAGGAUAUCCUUACCGGCCAAACCCUCCCCUAACACGAACGACGCUAGGCCAAUUGUGCGUCGCCCCAUGGACCUCCCGGUCGCGGCCGGCUGCGACAGAGCCUGGGCUCGAACCCAGAGUCUCUGGUGGUACAGCUAGCACUGCGAUGCAGGCGCCCUAGACCAUUGCACCACCCGGGAGGCUACGUGCACACAUUUGAUUGUUACGUGCACACGUUUUAUUGUCACGUGCACACGUUUUAUUGUCAAGUGCAUAAGUACAGUGAAAUGCUUAACUUGCGAGCUCUACCCAACAGUGCAGUAAUCAAUAUCAAAAUAUUAUAACUAAAAAUAAAAACAUUAGAAGAAAUAAGAAAUUAAAGAGGAAGCUUUAUACUGGCUCAGUGUUCAGUGCCUCACUAGCUCAGAUAGGAAGCUUUAUACAGGGUCAGUGUUCAGUACCUCAGAUAGGAAGCUUUAUACAGGGUCACUGCCAGUACCACAUUUACAAUGUGCAGGGGUAAUGGAGUAUUGAGGUGGAUAUGGACAUGUUGUCAAGGAUA